UCAGUGAAGCAGCAGUUGUUGAGUAGAAGAAGAUGACUCAUUCAACCCAAGAAAAGCAAUCUAAGUAAAUGGCAAAAAUGAGACUUUUUAAGCAGAACUGGACAACAAAGUCAGAAUGUUCUCCACCGAGCAAGUGAGGGAGUCUUUGUUUCCUGGGGGACCUUUUUAAGUGACGGACACAUUGAUCCAGACAAGCAGCAAAAGCGUACAAUCUUCGUCACCAAACUUGCUGAAACAUUUUCACGUUGCUGGACUCCAUGUCAGCCUUGGCCGACCUGGGCUGGGAGGCGUAUCCUAAUGAAGGGUGGGAGGAGAUCAGCGUGAUGGAUGAGCGUAACACCCCGAUGAGGACGUACCAGGUGUGCAACGUGAUGGAGGCCAACCAGAACAAUUGGCUGCGGACGCGCCACAUCGGGCGAGAAGGAGCUCAGCGGGUCUACAUCGAGAUCAAGUUCACCCUGCGGGACUGCAACAGUCUGCCGGGCGUGCCCGGGACCUGCAAAGAGACAUUCAACAUGUACUACUACGAGUCCAACAACGCCAACUUGUGGUUCAUCAAGGAGAGCCAGUACGUCAAAAUCGACACCAUAGCUGCGGAUGAGAGCUUCACGCAGGUGGACGUGGGCGACCGUGUGAUGAAACUCAACACGGAAGUGCGGGAUAUCAGCAACCUGAGUAAAAAAGGUUUCUACCUGGCCUUCCAGGACCUGGGCGCCUGUAUCGCUCUGGUCUCGGUCAGGGUCUUCUACAAAAAAUGCCCGGUCACCGUGCUUAACUUGGCCCAGUUCCCCGACACCAUAACCGGGGGGGACACGGCCCUGGUGGAGGUCCACGGAGCCUGUGUCAACGCUUCGGAGGAGUUUGAGGUUCCCAAGAUGUACUGCAGUGCCGACGGCGGCUGGCUGGUUCCCAUCGGGAGGUGCGUGUGCAAGCCGGGCUUCCAGGAGAACAAGGACUUCUGCCAACCUUGCAGACCAGGGACCUACAAGGCCUCGGCGGGCGACGCCUACUGCAGCAAGUGUCCUCCGCGCAGCGCCGCCCUACAGGAGCAAGCCACUCAGUGCGUCUGCGAGAAAGGCUUCCACCGCGCCGACAGCGACCCGCGCUCCAUGGCCUGCACACGGCCCCCGUCUGCUCCGGAGAACCCCAUCUCCACCGUGAACGAGACCUGCGUCACCCUGGAGUGGUCGCCCCCCCGGGACGGCGGCGGCCGCGGCGACAUCAGCUACAGUCUGCACUGCAGGAAGUGCUCGGGCGAGGGCAAAGUGUGCCUGCCGUGCGGCAGCAGCGUCCAUUUUGUGCCUCGACAGUUCGGCCUCUCCUCGCCCGUCGUCAUCGUCACCGACCUGCAGCCCGACUCCAACUACAGCUUCCUCAUCCAGAGCCAGAACGGCGUGUCGGACUUAAGCCCCACCCCCAAAGGAACAGCGGUGAUCAACAUCACGACGUCACAGACAGUGAGCGUGGUGCUGAAGGAGAGGCGCAGCAAGGACAGCGUGACCUUGGCCUGGCAGGGUCCGCAGAGACCCAAAGGGGCCAUCGUGGAGUACGAGGUCAUCUACUACGAGAAGAACCAGCGGGAGCAGAACUACACCGUCUUGAAGACCCGCUCCAACAUGAUGACGGUGGACGGCCUCAAACCGGGAACCACCUACGUGUUCAGGGUGAGAGCCAAGACAGACGGCGGUUACGGCACCUACGGCGGCGAGAUCGAACUGGAGACCAGCCAUGAAGACGUCUUUGCCGUCGGAGACCCCAACCAGUCCACCAUCGUGGCCGUGUCCAUCGCGGGGAGCAUCGUGCUGCUCAUCUUCCUGGUGGCCUGCUUCGUGGUCAGCGGAAGGCACUGUGGCUACAUCAAAGCCAAGCAGGAUCCCGAUGAAGAGAAGAUGCAGUUCCAACAUGGCCGAGUCAAGCUCCCGGGCAGCAGGACCUACAUCCACCCUCACACCUACGAGGACCCCAGCCAGGCCGUCAGGGACUUCGCCAAAGAGAUCGACGCCACCAAUAUUCGCAUCGAGAGAGUUAUCGGCGCCGGGGAGUUUGGGGAGGUGUGCAGCGGGCGACUCCGCGUGCAAGGCAAGCGCGAGAUCUACGUGGCCAUCAAGAGUCUGAAGGCGGGAUACUCCGACAAGCAGAGGCGGGACUUCCUGUCCGAGGCUUCCAUCAUGGGGCAGUUUGACCACCCCAACAUCAUCAGGCUGGAGGGCGUGGUCACCAAAUGUAAGCCGGUGAUGAUCAUAACGGAGUUCAUGGAGAACGGAUCACUGGACACUUUCCUCAAGAAACACGACGGGCAGUUCACCGUCAUCCAGCUGGUGGGCAUGCUGCGUGGCAUCGCCUCGGGCAUGAAGUACCUGUCGGACAUGAGCUACGUUCACAGAGACCUCGCCGCACGCAACAUCCUGGUCAACAGCAACCUGGUGUGCAAGGUGUCGGACUUUGGCCUCAGCCGGGUUCUGGAGGACGACCCCGAGGCUGCGUACACAACCAGGGUGAGGCACACUCCCGGGGUCUCGCACCGACUCUGCAGCGAGGGGCUUAUAGAUUGUGCAGUCAAGCUGGACACAAAGAGAAUGAUGCAAUAGUAGACAACACCUCUGCAUUUGCACCAUAUUUCAGAGCUCUGAAAGAUGUUUUCAGGCAGAAUUGUUCUCAGAGCAACAUAACUGACUAAAGCUGGGGUCAUUGAAGACCAGGCAGUAAUGGCCACCCUUAGAUGGGAAUCAU